AUGAGCCUUUUGGGCGCCUCUAGGCCCAGUGCCCCGCCACGCCUGUCAUCCCUCCCUUGGGGCAGUCUCAACGGGCCAAAAGGGAUCCAGACGAAGAGAAACACAAGGAACAGAAAAUGUCAAAUCAAUCCCCCAAAAGCAUACAUCAAGUUGGUACUCUGUUUUCUGGGUUUCAACACUCACACACAACCCACUGCCGGCAUACUUCGCAAUGCCGUUUGUAAUCGUCAAAUUUGUCGAAAAGGGACGAUCGCUGGAUCUGUCGCUUCUCCCGCCUCGAUUCACUCCGUGGCUCUUCGCCUUCGGGCACCAUUUUCUUUGUCAAGCACAUACUAUUACCCCGUCGACUUGGAAUAUUUGCAUCUGUUUUCAUCCGGGAUAUAUCAUUGGUGGUCUUUCUGUCGCUUCGCGUUUAUAAUUUCGUCUUUAGUCGGUCGGGUACUCGUGGGGUUUUUGGAGCUUGGUACGGCGGUUUGUGCUGUCUUAUUUAAUAUUUUCUUUUACAGUUCUUUCACUCCUUUCUCAUCGGGGCGUUCAUCAACCAUGUCGACUGAACAUGUUCCCGAUGAUAUGAUACAACGAAAGCAUAACAGCCGUCGGUCGGGCCGAUGGGGGAAAGCCACUGGCAUGUUGGGAAUCAUUGGACGAUAUCCGAAUCUUGACGGCCCUUUUACGACCUUGGUGGAAAGGGUGAAAUCGCAUGGGGAUGGGAGGAGCAGGACAAUAAUGAGGAUGGAAGGAGGUUCAGGGGAAAAAGGAAAGAAAGGGGACCGUCAUUCGAUGCCUGAUAUACGAAAGGCUCGGUCGGGUUUGGCAGCUUUGGAAUUUCUCCGUUGCUUUUUCUCAAGGCCUCACGGCGCGACCCGGAAAACAAAAACAUUCCCUGUAACAACAACAGCACGAAGUCGACGAAUUCUCCUGUCUGGUGGUGGGCGGCGCAUUCCCUAG